AUGUUUUCUCUUCCCCUAUCUCCUCCUCCUCCUCCUCCUUCUAUCUAUCUAUCUAUCUGGAAUCCAUUACAUUCACUUACUCCUUACGGUUGGCAAUCAACUCAUUUUAUGUAUUGUUUUGUAAAAUCUCCCUCUUGUGUUCAUAAUAUAUAUAUAUAUAUAUAUAUAUAUAUAUAUAUAUAUAUAUAUAUAUAUAUAUAUGAUCUAUCUAUCUCUGUUCAUAUCUAUCUAUCUAUCUAUCUAUCUAUCUAUCUAAUCUCUGUUCAUAUCUAUCUAUCUAUCUAUCUAUCUAUCUAUCUAUCUAUCUAUCUAUCUAUCUAUCUGUUCAUAUCUAUCUAUCUAAUCUGUCUUCAUAUCUAUCUAUCUAUCUAUCUAUCUAUCUAUCUAUCUAUCUAUCUAUCUAUCUAUCUAUCUAUCUUGCUCUGCUCAGUAUCUAUCUAUGUUGCUUUCCCAUUUCCUCUAUUUGAUGCUGCAAAAACCUCGACCCUCCUGAAGGGCCAGCAGGAGUCAACCGUGCCGAGUAACGGAUGUUUGGAAAAGGUCGUUCCCCUCUUCCGGUGGAGCUGGCCACGGAACGGGAGAAGACCCGGAUGGAAACGACCGCUUGUACGGUUGCCUUCCAUUCCCGUAACAACUGCAAAAGCCGAGUCAGUCAACGUCAGAUGCUCAGAGCCUUUUUUGGAGUGUGAUCUAAAAGCGAGUAGUCUUCGUACGGAAGCUCUUCCUAAAAACCCGUCUUCUUUCCGCUCCCACAGAACAAAGUUAGAAAUAAAACCAGAAACAGGAAACAAUCUCAAAGACAAUGGAAUAAAGGAUGACCUGCCCGAAAUAAAGCGGAGGCAGUUAGUGGUCAUCAUUCCCUAUAAUCAAUGCGAUUCAAAUAGUGACGAGAGCGACGAGAGUGUAGAUGACGAUGAAGCGUUUGGUAACGACAGCGUCAAUGAAAACCAUCAAAACAUACAGAUAAAAUAUUCGUGUCACGAGAAUACAGAAAAGAAAGAAAGAUUUUUCAAAGACGACAUUUCUGGUAAAACGACCUAUAACAAACAAUCUAAAAAACUUCCUUUGCAAUCGAAAUCAAACGUACCGACUGAAAGCCGGAAAUCUGCUCAGCGCAUGCGUGUUCUUAUGAAGAAAACGAUGACCGCCAUAGAAACCAGUGAACAAAGCUGUUUAACUUCAGGAAAUUCAUCCGAUAAUGAAGAUAAAACUAAAGAAAAAGCAGUAGUCGAUUUUUCUCACAAAGUACGAGUUCAAUGGCAAAAGGAACUAAGGGAUAUUUUAAACAAGUCCCCUGAUUAUAAACGAUGCGGAGAUAUGGCGAGAAGCAACGAGAAAACCGAUUUACGGUCAUGUAAAAUGGCGACACCUUUGCCUUCGGUUAUCUCGGAUGAUAUUUUCUUUUAUUUGCAAAACAAUCACAGAAAAAGUGAUGAUAAGCUAACCGAAUUGGUAAAAGAAAACGUCGACCAUCUUCAGCGAUUGGUAGCUGGUUAUAAUUUGGCAUUAACAUGCCAAAUGCAACAGGAAACAGGAAAACUCGACAAAACAUCUGCAGCAGCACCGGGGUUACCUCCCUUGCUCACUCAUUCUUUCUCAUCGUUGCCUGUGCGUCCAUAUCACAUCAACGUAAAUAAAGAAUUAAACGCCAUAUUUGACAUCUAUCUAUCUAUCUAUCUAUCUAUCUAUCUAUCUAUCUAUCUAUCUAUCUAUCUAUCUAUCUAA